GGUGGUGGACGAGGAACCAACAGAUACUUGACAAGUGUAAUGAUUUUGUCAGUAAAGCGCAGCUGAAGGAAAGGGAGGAAAUGGAAGUUGCCGAAAAGGAAAAGCAACGACGGGAGAAGGAGGAGGAGGCAGAGCGAGUGAAGAAGGAUAGGCAAGAAUUGGAGAAUCAGAUCGGCCAGCGCUUGGAAAGUGAGCGGGCUCCGAUGUACAAAGCCAUCAUGGGCAAAGGGGUCGGCAAGGCGAACACCAGCUCAGAUAACGACGAGAUUCGUAGACUGCGACGAGAGAAUGACGAAUUAAGGACGAAAUACGGCAUCAAGGAGCAGUUGCCAUCCACCGACUUGGUUGACCGGCUACAGCGGGAGAACGCGGACCUGAAACGUGUCGAGGCCGAUAUGAAGCAGAAGAUGGAAGGGGAGCUGGGCGCCUUGAAAUGGGAGAUUCGUGACCUCAAGGAGGGCCGCGACAACAUGGGGAGGAGCGAUCUAGCGAAGCAAAUCGAGGACCUGCGCAUGGAGAUGGAGGCUCUGCGCAAACGAAACGAGGAAACGGAGGAGGUCGCGAAGCUAUGGAAAAACGAGGCUCUGCGGCCCGGAAACAAGCGAGGUAGUAUCAAUGUAACUACACCGGUUACCGAAGGACGAACCGCUACUAGGACACGUAUCUCGGGGUCUUCGGAGGAACUGAGGCGCCUGCGAGUGCAACUUUCGGAUUUACAGGAACGGAGGAAGUAUGACCAAACUGAAGUGGACAUGUUGAAGGAGAGGAGGGUUUUGGCCGAAGCAAGGAGGAUCGAGGCCGAGAACGAGUUGGUUAGAUUACGGGAGCAGCUGGCGCGACUGACGACGGAGCAAGCCGGAUGCAGCUCCCCUAAAGAGCAGGGCACGAACCUCAAAGAGAGGAUGGAAGAGGCGGCAAAAACUGGGUUUCGAUCCGGCAAGAAGAGCAAGGUGAAGGCUACACCUGGGAGAAUGGCUCGCCCGGACGAUGAUUUCGCUAAGGCAAAUGAUCGUUUUGGGUUUCUUCAAGACGAGAGAAAAAGAUUGCGGGCUUUGAAGAAGGCGGGUUUGGAGUCGUUAUACCAGGAAGCAGGUAUCAAAUACAAGAGGAUGGACAUCUCUGUCGAGGAGGUGGCUCAGAUCAAUGCGGCAAAAAUGUUUGGUGAAGACAACGGACCUAAGGAAGGCCUUCGCGACGAGCGCAGCCACGGUAAGGCAGUAUCUGAUGACAGCAACGUCGUGGUCGUAGAGGAAGUCCCGUCAGACUCUGCUUGAUGGGACUUCCCGAGCGCGACGAUUUGGGGGUUUGCCAAGGUUUGUCGUGAUGUUCGUUUUGUCUCUACCUCUUCUCUGCGUGAUGAGUCAUGGAACUCUCUUUUUCAGAUUGCGGUGUUGAUGUUGGUAUUGCGUGGGUGCAUUCCGUGGGUGGUGAAUUUUCGGACUUACCUUUUGACUAUGUUGAAAGAGGAGGGCGAGAUGUAUCGAUGUCGAGGUCCAAUUUUGUACGUCCUCAUAUCUCCUUGGCAUAAACAAUGUUAUGUAGGUUCCACGGGGCGGUCUCUGGAUGUUAGGUGGUGUGAGCAUGUCUACCGGGUCUGCAAUGAAGGCGUUAUAGAUAG